AUGGAUGAAGCUAUGAAAAAAUAUUGCCACUUAUUAUUUUUUGAUAUUUCUGGAAAAAGUCAAGAAAAAGGUCUAAAAAAUAAUAAUGAUAAUGUAAGACCUAUUUUAAAUGACUCCUCACAACCCUCCCAAAAAAUGACUACAACCAUUGCCCAAACCAACCUGCCAAAUAAAUCCAUUAAACAACGAAAACCUCGUGCAAAGAAACCUAAAAGAACACCUCGACCACCGAAUGCAUUUAUCUUAUACCGGAAAGCAAAGCAACCAGACGUGAUUGCUCAGAAUAAUCAUUUAUCUAAUGCUGACGUAUCAAAGGUUAUUUCCAAGAUGUGGUGGAAAGAACCCGAAAACGAAAAGCUUGAAUGGGAAAAGAUGGCAGACAAAAUCAAAUUGAAACAUAUGCAGACAUAUCCAGAUUACGUUUAUCAACCAAAUAAACUUAAAAAGCAAAAAUCAGCCCGAGGUGCCUCAUUUUCCGUUGCACAUAAUUCAUCAAAACUAUCCGAAGAAGUCAUAAAUGAAAUAGCAGAAAUGAUGUUUAACGCCACAAAUAAGACCAACUCAUUACCCUCUCCUCCACCCUCAGCCGAUAAGCCAUUCGAAUCAUUGCAUAAUCACACGCCAAAUUACGAAUAUUCAAAACUUCCACCAACUCCAGUCACCGAAGUAUAUGAUAACAAUCCACAAUAUUUGUUAUCUCCUUCUAAUGAUGAUUACAUUUCACAUGGAUAUUAUACUCCGCAGCAAGACUUUAAUCCGAUUUUUGAGACCUCUUAUGAUUCUCAUCUAGAGUUGUUAGGAAACAAUUUUGACUCUUUUCUUGAUGCAAAACCCGUUGACAAGUUUUCUAGCUUCAACGAUCAAGAUGCACACGCCGCGUCGAUUAACAGUUUUGACGACGUUACAUUAGUUGACAAUUACGCAGAUUCGUCCAUGCCAGAAUUUUUUAACAAUGGCGCAAAAACUUCGCCUAUGAUGAUUGAUACGGCAAUCUAUUUCGAUGCAUGCUCUGAUAAGUGUUGUGACUCAUUCACUUAUUAG